GCCAGAGUCUGCAUGUAUGUAGUGUAUGCUUUUUCUUGGUGUGAGCACUCGCACUCUAGCAGGACUUUUGGUACGAAGGGAAAUUGUUUUGAUUUGGAUAGACUUGGAUCGUUUUGGAUUACAGCUUUUAUACUUUAUUUGGCAACACGAUGCUUUGCAUUUUGGAAAGGUUCAUGGUGGUUUUGCUGAUACAACACUGCACAUCUCAAGAUGUACCUUCCCCAAGCCAGUCCUCCACAGAGGCCACCUACCAAGGUAACCAUACGCUAUCCCAACAACCAGAGCGGCCCGCUGCGGAAACGGUGCCACUGCUGUCCCCCCCGACCUUGAAGGACGUGCAGCAGGCUGUGCAGGAAGCCUCAGAGCAGGUUGAGGGCCGUGGGGCAGAAGAAGUGUUGAAAGAACUGCUGGAGAGGGUGAUAGAGGCUGCUCUGGGCCAGGCAGAAGGAAGGAGUGAAGCAGAAGAUGCAGAGGACACAAUGGGGACGCAAACAAGAAAAAACGAAGCUGAAACAGGGGCUGAAAUGUUGGAGCAGCCGGUGACGGAUAGAAAUAUGAGUCUCAGGGAAGAAGAAAAUGGUUUUGCAGAGAUGGAAGGGGUGGAUGCUGCUGAAGCUGUGACUGGGGAGAGUAAAGGAGUUAUUGAGGUCAGCAUGAAGUCUAUAGAAGAUGUGGAGACUGAAGUCAGCGAAGCAGGGGGUUUGGAGGUAAUUAAUGAUUCAUUAGGGAUGAAAUUAAGUCAGGGCGAUAUGGAAGAAACUUUGGAAGAAACAGAAGACACAGUAGAGGCAGGGGAAGAGGACAACAUAAAGAAAGUUGUAUUGUCAGUAGAAAAGAAUGAAACUACAAAAGAAAUAGCAGAUGAAGAGGAAAUUCCAGCUACUGUAGAGGUAACAGUGAGAGGACAGCCAGAGCAGGGAACCGUUGAAGCGUCUGAAUCUAGCUUGGGUGUGGCUGAUGACAAUCACAUAGGAAAUGAAUGGAAAAAGGACGACGCUCAGCAAGAAAGAACUUACACUGAAGGAAUAGAAAGUGAGACAACAGAACUACCAUCUGAUAAAUACGAAAUAAAAACAAAAUCUGUUUUACAAGAACGAUCCAAGGCUGAGGAAGAGGCGAAGAUAGGGGAGGAUGCUCACGAACCUGAAAAAGGAGUUGAAUAUGGCUAUUUAGAGAAAGCAGGAACUGAGGAAGGGGUUGAGGCAGAAGGUACAGAUUUAGGGGGAGCAACAGGAGAUGAAAGAUAUGGAGAUGAUGUAAUUAAGGAGCAAUCAGCGACACUGGUGGAAAAGAAAAAAAAAGCCGGAGAGGAAAAACAAACUGCUGUGGAGGAUCCACAUGACACCGACAAAGAGGAUGGAGGGAUCCUGGUGGUCUCGGGCCUACAGCCUGUGGACGGUGCUGAAGCCUCCACAGAAGAGAGCCCUGAAAGCCAGCCCCCAACCACAAGCCCAAGCCCGUCCCUUGAUGAGCAGGAGACAGGAGAAAACACCGUUGGCAUUGUGAGACAUAUGCCAGACCUUUUGCCUCAUGACCCCGGCCUGGUCCAACCCACACAGGAUCAUUGUGAGCGUCUUGUUCUGGCUGAACACCCUCAGGCAGAAGAGGAGCCAGGAGAAGCCAAUGAGCUGAUGGACGACAUAACCGGAACCCGAGAGAUAAAUGAGCGAAAUAUUGAGCCAUGGAAGAUUGGGGCCAUUUUAGCUGCUGUCUUCCUCGUUUUGGAGACUGUUGUUAUCAUUGUCUAUAUCCUCAAAUUUCGAAAGAAAAAAAGCACCCCGGCCCUGACGCGAACAUGUGAGGAGGGGUGUGUUGGACCAGAAGCAGCUACAGGAGGUAGCAACAAGCUGCCCGCCGGCAACGGAGACAGUCGACAGAUAGCUGCAAGUGACCCACCUGAAGGGGCCCCAGUCUCGAUCACAAAAGGAGAGCAGCAGGAUGAUAAGUGUGCGAUAGCAGACCCCCCGCCCAGUACCACAGGGGAGCUGGUUAAUACUGGACCAGGACCAGACUCCCCACAGAGCUGCAGGACUUCCGUAUAAAAGUCUCAAUUCUUUGACCUUUUCCGCACCUGCUUUUAACAUACAUGAGUGAUCCGAUCACAAGUGGACAGCCUUGAUCACAGCUGUAAAGGCAUGUGAGGAUGCAUUCAGAAUCAAUCACUGAAACCACUUAUGGAGGUUGUCUGAGCAACAUGUUGCAACAUAUUUUCAGUCUUUUGUCUAGUGGAGGGAUGGCGGAGCCAUAACAACCAACAAAAACAAAACCCCACAACAUCAUGGAACUGUCUUUGUUGUUUUGAGUUGUCUCCUUUCGUCCUUUUCUUUUUUUAAUUUCUAAAAUGUUGCAUUUCUAUUUUGAUCCUC